ACUAACUGCAUCACCUACGGGGAAUACAAAUGAACUCUCCUCUGUGAAAACACCAGCGAGGCGGUGAAAUGUUAGUUUCAUCCUGAAUGUAUACGUUAUGUUUGUGUCCCGCAUGUGGAGUAGCUGUGUGUGCUGAGCCGCGGCGGUGUUUGAACUCAAAGGCAGUUGGCACUUGCGACAACAGUGCAAUGGCCGGUCGAAGUGUGUUCGAGCCAGCGGCUCAAAGAGCAACAGCCCAUAGCCUCGCCAGAAGGCGCUUUUCGCACGACCUUCAAGGCCUGAGUCCAGACGAGAUAGAUGGCCUCAUGUCCAGCAGUGACGGACGUCCUUUCCUCGUGGUGCAUCAUCUGCCUGAAGUCAAGGAGGAGGGUAUACCUUAUUUAAUGCCUGGUGUCCCUAUUACAUGUAGAGUGGACAACACAGAGAAAUACACUACUCGCUCAAAGGUCCGUGUAGGCACCCUGUACACAGUGCAGCUAACCCACGGCCCCUUCCACUGGUCAGUGAAGAGGAAGUACAAGCACUUCCAGGAGCUGCACCGAGACCUUUACAAGCACAAGAUGAUGCUUCACUUGCUGCCUAUUGGAAGAUUUGCAAAGGACAGGCAGCAACUGAGAGCAAUGUCGGAGGAAAUGCCCAGCCUACAUGGGACUGAACGUACCAGGAGGACCUCCAGCAAAAUGAAAUACCUCGAGGAGUACUUGAAUGGUCUGCUGGAGAACUCAUUCUGUAGGAAUGAUCACAGCAUGCUGGAUUUCCUCUCUGUCGGCGCUCUCUCCUUCGUCACUGAUCUCGGACCCAAAGGCUUGGAGGGACCCAUCUUCAAGAGGUCAGGGGGUCACCGGAUCCAAGGCCUGAACUGCAUCGGUCAUCAUCAGUUCUGCUUUCGCUGGUCGCGGCGCUGGCUGGUGGUGAAAGACUCCUUCCUCAUGUACAUGAAUCGAGACAACGGCAGCAUCAAUUUUGUGCUGCUCUUUGACCCAGAGUUCAAAGUGAAAGUGGGCCGCGCGCACACAGACACCAGAUAUGGAGUCUGCAUUGAGAACUUCACUCGGAGUCUGAUCAUCAAAUGCAGCAGCUAUAGACAGGCUCAUUGGUGGAGUCAUGAAAUUAACCGGCUGGCAGACACCUGUGACUAUCUCACAGUGCAACGCUUCGAUGGGUUUGCUCCGCCACGGGAGAACACACUCACUAAAUGGUAUGUGAAUGGAAGAGACUACUUCGCAGACCUGGCUGAUGCUCUCGAACAAGCAAAAGAGGAAAUCUUCAUCACAGAUUGGUGGCUCAGCCCUGAAGUGUUCCUAAAGAGACCAGCCACUGAUAACUACUGGCGCCUGGAUGAGAUCCUCAAACGCAAAGCAGAACAAGGAGUUAAAGUGUGUGUCCUGCUGUACAAAGAGGUGGAGCUCGCACUUGGUAUCAAUAGUGAGCACAGCAAGAAGACUCUCAUGAAUAUGCACCCAAACAUCAAGGUAAUGCGACAUCCUGAUCAUGUGUCAUCCGUGGUGUUCCUGUGGGCUCACCAUGAAAAGAUGGUAGCCAUUGACCAAACGGUAGCCUUUGUUGGGGGGCUUGACCUGGCAUUUGGGAGGUGGGAUGACAGCCAGUACCGGCUAACUGAUCUGGGUUUGACAGAGACGGACAGCAGUGUAACUGCAGAGGAGCCCAACGGAGAUACAGGAGAUAAUGGUGUGGCUGAUGGUCAAAAACCAUCUGAACCAAACAAACAGGCCGAGCAGAACCCUGAUGAUCUGACUUGCAACAGUAAACUGUGGCUUGGCAAAGACUACAGCAACUUUAUCCAGAAAGACUGGAACCAACUGGACAAACCCUUUGAAGAUAACAUCGACCGCACUCGAGUUCCCCGCAUGCCGUGGCGUGAUCUGUCUGCAGCUGUUCAUGGCAAAGCUGCCAGAGAUGUAGCCCGCCACUUCAUCCAGCGUUGGAACUUCACCAAGAUCUUCAAAAACAAGUACAAGGACGAAUUCUACCCUUACCUUCUUCCCAAGUCUCAAUGCACAGCUGACUCACUACCAUUCACCAUGCCUGGGUCGAAGAAGGCCAAAGUGCAGGUGUUGCGCUCUGCCGACCGCUGGUCCACUGGAACCUGUGAGAAUUCGAUUCUCAACGCCUACGUCCACACCAUCGAGAACAGCGAGCACUACAUCUACAUCGAGAACCAGUUCUUCAUCAGCUGUACCGACGGAAAGAUCAUCCAUAACAAGAUCGGUGAUGCACUUGUGAAUCGAAUCCUGCGUGCACACAGAGAGCAGAAGAAGUACAGAGUUUUUGUGGUGGUCCCUUUGCUCCCUGGAUUUGAGGGAGACAUCAGUUCAGGAGGUGGAAGUGCCAUCCAAGCUAUUUUGCACUUUACUUACAGAACCAUGUGUCGAGGGGAGCACGCCAUCCUGACAAGACUUGGUGAAGUUAAGGACCUGUGGACAGAGUACAUCACACUCUGCGGCCUGCGAACACAUUCCCAACUCUCCCAGUCGCUUGUCACAGAGCUCAUCUAUGUUCACAGCAAGACCCUCAUUGCUGAUGACCGCUGCUAUAUCAUUGGAUCAGCCAACAUCAAUGACCGCAGCAUGCUGGGCAGUAGAGACAGUGAGAUGGCCGUGUUGGUGGAAGAUGAAGAGCGGGUCCCAUCCAUCAUGGGAGGGGAGGAGUACCAGGCAGGACCCAUCACACUUGCUCUGCGCAAAGAGUGUUUCAGUGUUCUUGUUGGAGCUUCUUCAGACCCCAGUAUCAAUGUUGAUGAUCCAAUCAGUGAUGAAUUCUUCUUCUUGAGCUGGAAUGCAGCUGCUAAACUGAACGCCACAAUUUACGACAAGGUCUUCAAAUGCCUGCCCCAUGACAGUGUCCAUAACAUGCGGGAGCUGAAGGAGUACACCAGCCAGGAGCGCCUCUGCGACACAGACCCUGAGAAGGCCAUAGAGGAGCUGAAGGCCAUCCGGGGGCUGCUGGUCUACUUCCCCCUGAAGUUCCUGUGUGAGGAGUACCUGAUGCCUUCAAUAAGCACUAAAGAAGGCAUGGCUCCUAUAUGGCUGUGGACAUAACCGCACCUCAGUGUGGAUCAAACCACUACAUAACAGCUAAAGGGCUGCCGUAGUUUCUGAUGUUCAGCACAGUACACUAAAGUAGUUACAGCACUGGCACAGCAAUGGUGAGGAGAAUACAUCACCCCGGCACAAUUUCUUUAUGAAUCAUUGAUGUUUUUUGUAUUGUCUUUUUGACUGACAAGGAGCUAGUCUGAAUAUUACCAGUGAAAUGCAGAUUUUAUUAUCGAUUAACCUUAACUGACCAGCUGUUCAUGAUGGCAGUCUCUGAAUCUGAAGUGCAGGGCUGGCAGUGGUGUUAAACACACAUAAACGGAUGUAUGAGUCAGGAGAGGAUUGCAAGGUUGUAUUGGAAAUCAAGCAUCUCACAUGAUCUGAGAACAUAGUGUACAUUUAUUGGUGCAAGGUUUUUGGGUGGGUGGGUGGGUGGCUCUGUCUCUUUCUCUCUCGCGCGCUCGCUCUCAUUCUCUCCCUCUGAGGCUUCACCUCUCACUGCAGUGCCAGCAAAUCUGUCAGAACAUUUGUGGUUGUUAUGGUGACGGAUAAAAAGAGAUGACUGGAUUGUAGCUGAAAUAAAGACUAGAUAGGGCAGGGAAAGGAGAGUACUGAUAAGAGGGAGAACUUACUAAAUCAGGACAAUGUACCGGAAAAUACUCGGUAACAUGUUGAAAGAGGACUGACAGUUUAUGUGGAAGCAAAGUCGUUUUAAUAUUUUUGGAUGAGUGAUCAGGUGGGAAAACUGUGAGAGGGAACGAAAAGGAGGACAAGAUAAUUAAAGGGUGUUAGGUAGAUUUACCACUAAUUGUUGCGUUUUUUUUAAAGUCACCAUGACAACCAAAGUGGAUUAUUAUUUCACCAUUUUGUCAGCAGAACAGAACAAAACAUUCCACUAUCCACUUCAGCGAUUUCCAUGGUUUUGUGUCCAGGUGCCAUUAAAUUCCUCACAUAUCUAACCUGCAUUAAUUGACAUUCACCAGUCAUAUAUUUAUGCGCAUUACUUUUAGCUGUAACACUGUAACCGAGGAGUGACAUAAUGUGGCAUUCAUUCACAGUGCAGCUCCUGUGAAGCAAAGGCAAGUACUAUUUUUAAUCUUAAACCACAAAGAGCUUUAGAUUUUAUUUCAUAUAAAAUCACGUCAGUUAUUCUCUCGAAACCAGCUGAUUCCCUUUACCGCACCGUGAGAAACUGAGUGACUACUAUUGAGCAAGUCUUGCACUGAACAAAUAUGUAGCAUCCCUCUUGAAUUAUUGCAUUGACUGACUUGGAAAAAGCAUGCAAUAAUUCAGCAGAACAUACAGUAGAUGGUGCCUUUCUUAAGUAGAAAAACAGGACUUGAGUUUCUUUUAUGCAACAAAAUGUGAUGCAUGUUUCCGUAGCUGUAAGACAUGUUUGACAGAAAAGGAGUUUGACCAAGGUGGGUGUAAAAUAAGGAAGCACUGUAACCUGAGAUCAAACACUUGGGGAAAAACAAUGUUUACGUGUUGUAAGGUUUCUCACAUGACACAUGGUCUUGCCAAGUUUUAUCAGUGCCUCGACAAAGCACCUGUAUCGUGUCCAAGGCUUUUAGAGUUGUUAGAAAAAAGAGGCAGACAAUAGGCAGUGGAGACUGAAUCAUCAGGACGUCGCGCCAGCAACAAUCACUUAUGUGUAGACAACUGGCAGUUGAUUUUAGCUUUGGAUGAAAUCUAAAAUUGGCAAACUUGUUUAUUUCUGUUGUGAUUUUCAGACAUAACUGUAAUGCUUAAAUAUAUAUAAUUAAACCUAUCAUUAAUUCCCACUGCGCUUAUUUUAUGUACUGGUUUGCUUUGCUAUCAUCUUAAGUAAACCAAAUCUACUGGCACAAGAGCUAAGCAAUGAGCUGAUGAGCACAAGGCCGCAGCAAAAUGUAUUUUAGCCACCUAAAAGGCUGGUUGAUCAGCUUAACCUCACAUACCAAUACCAGCUGAUGAAAGCAGCAGUAGCCCAGCAAUGCCAGUGUUCUGUGAAGAACAAAUGCUGUUUUUGUCAGUAGAGUCUGGAGGCUUUGAUAUAACGACAUCAGUUUCCCGUUGGAGAAUGUUCUAAGUAAUUAUUCUAAAUAAAAUGUACACUAAAACUUAUAAUGAUUUUUUUUUAGGCUGGCCUUUUUUAGGGGGCUGAAAACUAACUGACAAACUGCUCAGCGCCGUUUGAUUUUAUGUAUGUGAUGCGGGGGUUUUCUACCUGGAAGUUAUUGUUGGCAAACAUUGUGAUUUGGUCUAUAUGAAGCUUUUUUAAUGGGACUUUAUGUUUCAUAUUUGUUGUCUUUCCAUGGUGUUCUCAUUGGACUUUGUGUGAUUAAUGGGUUGAUGUGCAUGAUGUUACCAUAAUCCAGUUAAUCAUCCUAAAAAGUGAAAAUAUGCUGAAUCUAUGACGGAGCCAGUGAAAUUGUACAAGCUUCUUCAUAAGCUUUUCAAGACAAGCCCACAAGUCAACAGCACUACCAAGGUGGUUUCAGUGCAAACAUGUCUGUGAAUCUAACAGGUGAUAAGUGUCCCACGUGAACGCCACCUUGCCUCUACAUGAAGCAGCUUUUGCAGAGAGGCUAGGAAACCAUCUGUGUUUAGACAUGGUGCAUUGCUGGCUUCAGAACUGUUCACACUUUACUUUGGAAGACAUUAAAAAGCCACUAUGAGCCCUGGCACACUAGAAGCUGGGUAUUUGCUUGCCUCUGUUGUACAGCACAAAAUGGUUGCCUUGAGGGGUACUCUUCUUUUAAAGAUUCAGUAGAAAUGUCUGAUAUAUACUGAGAAGUGACCUUAUCCUUUUUCUAUCAUGAAUUUUAUUUUUAUUGGAAUAAUAGCCAGCAUUAGCAAUACAUUUUAGAAAUAUACUACUAAUAUAAACUUGUCCUUUUAACUCAUCCCUAUUACCCUUAACAGUCACCAUGUGAAAACCUCUGUGUAUGCAAAUCUGUAGGUCUAGAUUAUUACCUUAGAGUUGCUGAUGUUUAAGUUACUAACACUCAGGGGGAGGGAGAGAAGAAACGAUUUAACUCAAUCACUCCAGCACAGUUAUGAAUGACUUUUACCAUAAAGUAUGUUACUCUUCUUGUUUCCUCAAUGAACUUGUUUUUUAAUGGAAUUUCAAAGUCAGUAUCUACUUUUACUGUAAGUUGAUUUCAAAAAUUGUUUAUCAGUCAAAAUAAUUAUACAAAUUAAAUGGCAGACGUAUGUACUGAGUAUACAAUAUACAAGUACUUAAAAUAAAUCUAGGCAAAAAUAAACAUUGAAAAAUAAUUAAAUACCUGGGCUAAAUAUGAAAAAAAAAAAAACAUUUUUAAUGGAAUUUCAUGCCAUGUCAUUAAGAAUCAUAAUGUUAUUCAAGAUGUUCCCUAAAAUUUAAACAAUAGACUACUGUCUAGAUGUGGGUAUAUCAAAAAUUGCCUUCCACAGCCCGAGUUACUGAUAUUAUUUAUAGGCAGAUCGUGAUGUUAUGCAAGAAAAAAAAUAACUUUAGUGAUAAUGUACUUAAUGGUGAGAUUUAUAUCUUCUGUGACCCACUGCUAUUUCGAUUACUGUAAAUUUCAGUAACAUCCUUUGCUAUCUGUAUAUUCUUGGACUAAAUAAUGUAUUUUAAUAGAUUAAUUUGGAGACACUGUAGACAUAAAACAUGCUUUUAUAGAAAAUGGGCAGUAUUUGACACAGAAAUUGAAUAAAGUGCAUAUUCUAUGUAAAUGCUGAAACAUUCAAUAAAGCACCAAUUAUUGCCA